AUGCCUGUCGAGCUUCGCAAGCGCAAGGCCCCCGAGCCUGCUCCGGCUCCGGCGCCCAAGAAGGCCUCGUCCAAGGUAGCCAAGGCGGCCGAGAAGGUCAAGGGCGCCGUCAAGGGCAAAGCCGAGAAGCCCGCCGAAAAGCCUGUUGAAAAGGUUACCGAGAAGCCCGUCGAGAAGCCCGCCGCUGCCAAUGGCUCUGGCAAGAAGGUCAAGGCGGUUAAGGGUGAGACAAUCGACCUCGACGGCUUCGGCGGCGACAUUGAGACCAACGAUGGCGAGAAGACGACCCUAAAGGAGCUCGUCGACAAGAGCAAGGCCGGCGUCGUCCUCUUCACCUACCCGAAAGCCUCGACUCCCGGAUGCACCAAGCAAGCCUGCCUCUUCAGAGACUCGUACGAGCCCCUCACCAAGACGGGUUUCGCCAUCUACGGCCUGUCUAUGGACUCGCCCAAGGCCAACACCACCUUCAAGGAGAAGCAGAAGCUGCCUUACCCGCUGCUCUGCGACCCCAAGGCGACCCUGAUUGCUGCCAUUGGCCUGAAGAAGCCGCCCAAGAGCACCCAGCGCGGCGUCUUCGUCGUCGACAAGGCCGGCAAGGUCCUCAUCGCCGAGCCCGGUAGCCCUGCAGGCACCGUUGACGUCGUCACGGCGCUGAUUGAGGGCGGCGAUGUCGACGGUGCCGAGGAGGCCGCGACCGAAGCCCCGGCCGCCGAUGCCAAGGAGGAAGAGGAGGCGGCCAAUGGAGAGGUCAAGGCUGAUGAGGAGAAAAAGGAGGAUGCUGCCGAUGAGGCCGAGAAGAAGGAUGAGAAGAAGGACGACUUUACAAGGGGAAGUGGUGAAGUGGAUACUUUGGUCCAAGAGCUGGUGGUGCCGGGUUGCAAAUUCAAGCACGGCUAUUGCUUCGACCGGCAAAACCUCGGCCCUCCGGUUCCUUGCCAGAAACUGGAGCACUCUCUCCCGUCCCCCGAACCUCACAACCAACCUCAAGCUGGUCAUCGAACCGUUUGCCAAUCGAAACCCACCAACCCCAAAUCUCCCCUCCACCGUCUACAGACGUCGCCAAAGAUGGCCUCCAAGGCAAUUGCGAAGGCUGCGGCAGGCGGUCUCGUGGAGAUCUCCCAGAAGCACACCCUCCAGUCCACAGGCAUCUGGGAACGCAUCCGCCGCUCCCUGGCCAUCGACCCCAACCGCUCCUCCGGCGUGCCCUUGAACCCGACCUUCCGCAACCCGGCACCGGGCGCCAACGACCCCCUGGCCUACGACGACCCCGUCACCGUCCCCGCGGGUGACAUCGCCGACAACCCGUACUGGAAGCGCGACGCCCGCCGCAACUACCCGGCCAUCAGCGUCGUCAACCAGGCCGACGUCGUCGGCCUGCUGGCCGUCGGGUCCGCCGCCAACCCGCGCGUCGAGCUUAUCGGCGAGGCGGGCGAGAAGGCGCUCGUCGCGGCCAAGGAAGAAGGAAAGACGACGGGCAUCGCGGCUUACCUCGAGAAGAACGCCGCGCAGGGCGCCGUCGAGGCGAGCAAGGAGGCGCUGUUUACGAAUGGGUUGCCGCCGACGCCGAGUGGUGAGAAUUUGAAGAGUGGGAAGUGGGAUGUGCACAAGUACAAGGUCAACGAGGAGCAGACCUACGGUGAAGGCUACCCUUGCCGGACUUUUGCUUGA